CUACUUAAGUUGGGAACCAAACCACCACCAUAGCCCACAAAGUUUAAUUUAGCUCAAUGGAGUCCUCCACCGGAGCCCCACAAAGCCCACGGAUGGAAGAGGAAUUGCCGGUUGUUCUCGUCCAUCGCCGGCCUUCCGCCACCUUCGUCAUUCCCCUCAAGGCCCGCCUGCAGGCCCACUUCCGGGUCCUCGACCCCUGCGACUCGGCCGAUGACUCGCACACCUUCCUCGCCCGCCACGGCCGCUCCGUCCGUGCCCUCCUCUGCGCGAGCCUCGCUCCCCUUCCCGCCGACACCCUCGAGCUCCUCCCAUCCCUCGAGCUCGUGGUGAUAUCCACGGCCGGCAUCGACCAUGUUGACCUCCGGUUCUGCCGCCGCCGCGGCAUCACCGUCACUAAUGCCAGCGCCGCCUUGGCAGAGGACGCGGCCGACCACGCCGUGGCCCUUCUCAUCGACGUCCUCCGGCGGAUCACCGCCGCCGACCGGUUCGUCCGUGCUGGGUCGUGGCCUGUGAAGGGCGAGUACCCUCUUGGAUCCAAGCUACGCGGCAAACGAGUUGGGAUCGUGGGGCUAGGAACAAUCGGCUCUGGCAUCGUGAAGAGGCUAGCUGCCCUUGGCUGCAUCAUCUCCUACACCUCGAGAAGCAAGAAACCCACCGUCCCCUUUGCCUAUAUCGGGAACGUCGUGGAGCUCGCCUCUAACAGUGAUGCCCUCAUCGUCUGCUGCCCCCUGACCCAAGGAACCCACCACAUCAUCAGUGAGGAAGUCAUGAGAGCCCUUGGAAAGGGAGGAGUAGUCGUGAAUGUGGGCCGCGGGGCCCUCAUAGAUGAAGAGCGGAUGGUGGAAUUAUUGGUUCGUGGUGAGCUUGGUGGGGCUGGGCUCGACGUGUUCGAGAACGAGCCUGACGUGCCCAAGGAGCUGUUGGAGUUGGACCAUGUCAUCCUGACUCCUCACUCUGCUGUGACAACUCCUGAGUCAUUCCGGGCUGUGGAGGAUCUUAUCGUGGACAACUUCAUCGCUUUCUUCUCGAACAAGCCCCUAUUAUCAGUCGUGCAGUUAUGAAUGACGCUUUUUUACACAUAUUUACUUAGUCGGAAUCCUCAAAGGACUCUGUAAUAAAGCUUUCGGUUUCAAAUUGAAGAAAUAUGUCGAUACCAGCUCAUUCACUUUGAUCAACCUGCCCAAUUCACUUUACGGAUCAAUGCUUCUUCAUUUUCUGCAAACCAGAAGGUGUUGACAUGAGCGAUUCCAGAAA